ACUCACCAUCAUUUCUCAACUCUCCGAUCACAUCUCGAUCUUUCCUCUACACAGACACACACACUCGCUGCGCAAUUUGUUUCUGUGACAGGGAGCUCUGCAGCGGCAAAAAAUUUAGCAGCGCAGAGCGAUGGAGAGCGUGGAUGAAAAUGGAGGAAGCCGCCUUGUGGUGACCGAGCUGGGCUACAUCAAGGAGCUGGUGAGGCAGCUGGACGUCAACCUGGGAGGCUGCCCCGACCACUGCAAGCGCCUGGCCGCCCAGAUCUUCGCCGUGGCCGAGAGGUCCAUCGGCAUGAUCAGGUCCGGCCACUUCGACUGCCGGAAGCGCUCCGCCGCCGGCCUCGACUCGCCGCCGUUCUCCGCGACGCCCAGCCCCCUGAGCGACGUCUCCGGCGUGCCUUUCCAUGCCAACAACAAGAAGAGGAAGACAAUGGAGAAACGGAAGCAUCAGGUCAGGGUGAGCUCGGAGGGAGCAGGAGCGGAGAUCCCAGUCGACGACGGCCACAGCUGGAGGAAGUACGGCCAGAAGGACAUUCUUGGAGCCAAGCACCCAAGGGGGUACUACCGCUGCACGCACCGCAAAUCCCAGGGGUGCGCGGCGACCAAGCAGGUGCAGCGCGCCGACGAGGACCCGGCGCUCUUCGACGUGAUCUACCACGGCGAGCACACCUGCGUUCACAAGACGGUGGCCGCCGCGGCGGCCAUGGUGCAGCCG